AUGCAAUGUGCAGCCUCCGGUGACAAACCGCCGCAGUUUACAUGGGAAAGAGAUGGAGUCACAAUCUCUAGCAACACAGACCCUAGAUACGCAUUAGGUCAAGUGAUGACAUCAGAUAACUCAGUAGUCACUCACUUAAACAUUACGCGGGUAAGAGUUGAAGAUGGAGGCUUAUACUCUUGCACUGCUAAAGAGGGAGACCAUAUCGCUGCGUACGAAAAUCGACUCGAUAUUUAUGGUCCACCAUACAUCAGAUCUCUUCCUCCAAUAAAGGUCCAAAGUGGAGAAGCUGUGAAUUUGAGAUGUCCGUAUUACGGGUACCCUAUUAGUAAGAUAGACUGGGAUUAUAAAGGAAAAAUUAUAAACUCCAACAACAUAUUCCAAUCGAGAUAUAAGCGUUAUUUAUCGAAAAAACGCAAAACCAGAAGAAACGUGGUCAACAUGCACGGUGUUCUGACGAUACCUGAAGUAACGAAGGAGCAGAAUGGCGCAGUAUACACAUGUAUAGUAACAAGUCCUUCGGGUGAAAUGGCUAGGAGAGCUUUCGAGAUUCAAGUCAUUGAAGCACCCAUCUUAGAGGAUUUGCUUUUGGGAAACAAUCUUCAAGAGGGACAAAUUGUAAAUAUUUAUUGUAACGUUAGAAGCGGCGAUCUACCGAUACACUUCGAGUGGCUCAAAGAUGGCAAGAGAAUACCGAGUAGUUUAAAGGUUGUGGAACGAAGUUCGGAGUUAUUCAGCGCCUUGGUUAUAAAGAAAGUGUCCUUGGAGCACUGUGGUACUUAUACUUGUGUUGCAUCAAAUCACGUAGCAAAAGUUAAUAAAUCCACUGAGCUCUACAUAAAAGUUGCACCAAAAUGGGCGGAAGAGCCCUCAAAUUCUUCACUUCUACUUGGUCGAAGAGGAACAGUAUCUUGCAGUGCCAACGGGUACCCUCAGCCACAGGUGCACUGGAUGAAAAAAGAUGCUCUUCUCGGUACGUGGCAACCGGUACUGGAACUCGCUGGCGGUGGGAUUCUGAGCCUACCUAACGGUACUCUAAUCAUCGAGGAGGUAUCUCUCACAGACGAAGGCUUGUACUCCUGCAACGUUGAAAAUGGAGUUGGCAGUCCACUCAGCAAAACUAUAUGGAUGAGUGUUAAUAAGCCAGUCCACUUUGACACAACUUCCACAAAUGUGACUUCAAGACUUGGACAUUCAGUAACUUUGGAAUGUAAAGCCCUAGGUGACGACCCUAUAAGGAUAUUAUGGACACAUAAUGGCAAUGUUCUGGAUUUUCAAAUUCACAGAGCUAAACUCUCGGAAUCCAAAACAUCUUUAGGUCUAACUAGUAAGCUUAAUCUACAAUAUUCAGAGACUGGUGACGCUGGAUUGUACCAAUGUAGGGCCAACAAUCCAUAUGGUACUGCAACAUUCAACAUAUAUUUAAAUAUUUUAGAACCUCCCACUCCACCUACAGAACUGAGGGUAGAAUCAGUGCGAGCGCGAUUGGCAGUCGCAUCGUGGCGGUCGCCGAGAACGCACGCGCCCAGAUACGUUGUACAGUACGCUCCGACGCAUGUAGUUGACAUCAGUUGGGAUCAUGCAGUUACUCUGAAUAUUACACGGAAGGAUAACGAUAUAAGACAAUCGGUUGAACUACAAAACUUGCGGCCUGCGACUGCGUACGUUGUGAGAGUUGCGACUGGAAAUCAAGUUGGAGUCAGCCGGUUUACAGCACCUACACACUUCACUACACAUGAGGAAGCACCGUCGUUACCACCUGUAAACAUAGUAGUUGAACAAACAGACGCUCCAGGUGAACUAUUCGUAUCAUGGUUACCACCUCCGAAAGAAUCGCACAAUGGCAUAAUCACUGGAUAUCAUGUAAAGGCAGUGCCACAAAAUGUACCUGCAAUUUCAGAGGAAACUGAUACUAGGACUCUGAAGGUGUCGCAGAAAUCUGGAAAAUUGGAAACAAAAAUUAGCGGCUUACUUAAAAAUACAAGAUACGCAGUAACAAUAUCAGCCUUCAACAGUGCAGGUUCGGGACCAUAUUCAUUGCCUGUGUUUCAAGAUACGAUGGAAGGUGCACCGGAACAUGCGCCCACAUCAGUAGAAUGUACAGCAAUAUCGUCAACAUCUCUCAGAGUUGGCUGGCAGCCUAUAGCGUCUAAUGGACAAGGAAGCUCGCUUAUCGGAUACACGGUAUUAUAUGCUACUGAAGAAAGCGCGUGGCAGAACCAAACCUCGCUACAUACUGAGUUAUACCUGCAAGCUCUCAUGAAGUAUACAAAUUACACGGUCAAAGUGGCGGGCUACUCCAAUUACGGGCCUGGUCCAUUUUCAUAUCCUAUUAUAUGUACAACCUUACAAGACGUUCCUGAAGCUCCAGCUGAUAUUAAAGUACUGGUGCUGUCGCCCACCUCUCUACUAGUCAGUUGGAAACGGCCAGAACAUCCGAAUGGGGAACUCCUUUACUAUACCGUGUAUGUGAAGCCAACGUCUAGCAGUAGUCCGCCACAGACGCAUCGUAUAGAAGCCGAAGGUCGUACAAUGGCGGAGCUGAAAGACCUCACCACUGGCAGGACAUAUGAGACCUGGGUAUCGGCCAGCACGAGAGCUGGCGAAGGCGCUGCUAGUAGAAGAGUAUCGCAUACUCCUUCACAAAGAGUCGUAGCUGGCGUAGCGUCACUAGGAGGCAUGGUCUCUGUAGGAGUGGGGAGCUCUCUACUUCUAGCAUGUUCGUGCGUGGGAUCACCACCACCGCGCACCGUCUGGUACCACAACCACAAUAUCAUCACACACCACCCGAGGUUCACAAGAAACCACGACGACAGUUUACUCAUUAACAAUAUAGACCAAUCGCUAGGUGGGAAUUACACGUGUCUCGCUAAAAACUUAUACGGCUCCGACUCAGUGGAGUAUGUGGUCAUUGUUUUACCUCUACCAGAGGCGCCUAUACUACGAGCUACGCCGUAUAAGGACUCUAUACUAGUGGACUGGGAGCAACCUUACUACUCCAUUGGUAACAGAAGCUUCACACAGAAAAUCAGUUACAGUCUAACGUGGAAAGAGGCAAGCGGUCCGUGGCAGGAAGCUUGGCCAGCGAACAAGCUACCUAAUCUUUCCGGUGUUCAAAAGCACGCACUAACUGGCCUUAAAUGUGGCACCAAGUACUCCCUGCGUAUAACUGCCACCAAUAAAGUUGGGACUUCGCAACCAGCUUAUAUUGACGUCAGCACGUUAGGUGGAAUUCCGAUUCCACCGUCCACAAACGAAUGGCUCUGGAGCAACUGUUCGCAUAUAUACGUGCAGCUCGCGGGAUGGGAUGACGCUGGCUGCGAAAUGAGAAGUUGGGAUGUCGAUUAUCGUGUGCUUGGUUCGAGGAAUUGGAUCCGCGCUCACAAUACACUGAGAUACACCGACCCGGCUUGGAGUAUAUACCAAGCUAACACCCCGACGUACCGCACUAGUUCAUUCGCCAUCAGCGACCUGUCACCUGGUACUUGGUAUCAAGUUCGAAUCACUGCGACUAACGAAGCUGGAAGUGUGACCACUACUUAUAAUUUUGCCACCAAAAACUUAGACGGAAGUGAAGUGGGACCACCUUCCGAACUAUUGGACGUUAACAUGUUGGUUAUAAUCUGCAGUUCGAUAUUGCUGGCUUUGUGCCUCGUCAGCUGCAUUUAUAUACUGGUUAAGAGGCAGAGAGCCGGCAACCUAACCGAGUACCGGGACUCCAUCACGGCGGACAAGUCCGGCAGCGGCGACGUGACGGCGAACACGUCGCACAGCAACCUCGCCGGCGUGAAGGACAACGCAGCGAACGCGCAGAACAGGAUAUAUAGCGCGCCAAUACACAUGAGGAACAAUAGCAAACAUGAACUAUAUGAAAUAAGUCCGUACGCACAGUUCGCCGUCGGCUUUCGGACGUUUGGACACGUAGAGAACCAAGACAUGCCAUGCCGGCAAAAUAAACUUAGAUACGAUACUGAGACAAGUUUUCAAAUAUGUUCCGAGUCGGAGGACAGCGACAGCAUAUCGAAGUCUACCCUAAAAAGUGUGCCGAGAAAAAUUUGCAGAACUCCGCAUCACAGAUAA